GAUGAAUGCAAACGAAAAAUACCAAGCAAAUUUUAGAAGUUUAACACCGUCCUCUCUAGAAAAGGAGAGGUCAUUUACAAAUAUAAGUAGAGCGCCUGAAGAUGGAACAGCAGAGGUAAAACCAGCUGCAUCACCAAAUUUAAAGAAUGUUGUGGUGGCGUUAAUUGUAGUAGUGGUAAUAGCUGUUGGAUGUAUAGCGGCGUUGGUAGUUGUAUUAACAACAAAAGAUGAUGGCGAAGGCGACCACACAACAGUACCACCAAGAACAACAACAACUGAUCAUAUGACAACGACAAUUUCAAUACCUACAAAUCAUCAAACAACAUCAAUAGCAUCAACAUCUUCCCAGACAACAACAGGAACCAUUGAUGGAAUAUGGUCGACAUGGGGAGAUUGGACAAAAUGUACAUCAACGUGCGAUUCUGGAAUUCAUAAAAGAUACCGAAGGUGUGAAGGACAAGACUCAAAUCAAUGUCUUGGAGAUUUCACUGAGACAGAAGUCUGUGUCGAAAUGUCAUGCCCAGAGUAUGGCAAAUGGACAACAUGGGGCCCAUGGGAAAGUUGUGGUGUUUCAUGUGGAGGAGGAUUUCAAUCAAGAACACGAUCUUGUUCCAAGGCAGAAUCUUCUGAUAUUGAUUGCAUUGGCACAAGCUUCCAGGAAAAGACAUGCAACGAAUGGAAAUGUCCAGUCUCAUCUAAAAUGUUAGACUGCAGCAGAGUGUGUGAUGUAGGAGUUCUCGAUGACGACUGUGACAUUUGCUUUUGCGAUGGAGAAGUUGUCUCUGGAAGGGUACUAGCAGUCGAUACCAGCAACCCGGUUAGCAAUGCUGUUUUCUACUGGAGUUCCUCACCGACAAAAAAUCUUGGUGAAAGCAGCUCAACUGGUCUUUUCACACUCGAAAAUAUGUGCCCUGAAUCUGAACUAAUCGUGUCAAGACCAGGUUUUGUGGAUGCAGCUGUUCUGGUUACUACUUCCUAUUUGUUAGUUAAUAUGUCAAAGACAGUUUCACCCUACUUGACAAAGACUCCGCAAUCAAAGAACAGAUUAGUAGGGGAAGAUGUGACUUUGUGCUGUGACGCAGUUGCUAGUCCACCAAUUAAUUAUUAUGAAUGGAUGAAGGAUGGAUUAAUUAUAGAGGAAACCUUAUACGCAGAGGGAAAUCAACUGAAAUUGUUCAGCUUAUCAACGACUGAUAGUGGAAGCUACAAGUGCAGAGCCAAUACCAAUGCAGGGGCUAUUAUGUCUCCGACCGCAACGUUGAAUGUCAAAGAAAUAUCAAAUGAUUUUUGUAUCGACGCUUUGCAACAAAAGACUAUAGCGCUCCCCGAUGACUGUGUGCAACCAAGGACAAAUACGGCAACGUAUAAUGUUGGUGAGUGUAUAUCGAAAGGUUGCAGAGAAAAUACAACCUCUGAAAGCAAUGUGUGCCAUGAAGACAUAACAUCAUGUUGUACAAUAGGUGAUGCUGAUCUCGAAAAGGUCCAAUGUUCAGAUUAUGAACUCGAUGUUAUUGUAAUACGAUCUUGUAGCUGUGGAGCUUGUGCCUCGACCUCCCUAACCGUUUUUGGAACAGCACUUGGAUUGGAGGAUGGAUCCCCACUAAGAUACGGCGAAGUCUUUGUAAAUGGUGUAUACAAAACCUUUACAAGUAACACCGGUACCUUUAGUUUUGUAGCAACUAAGGAUUCUCCGAGAAUAACUUUAAACUUGAGAGAUGUUUAUCUUAAACAAUUUCUUCCAGCUGUCAAGGUAAUUGAAAUAAACGACAAAAUGAAUGGAAACCUACGGGUGAAAAUUAAUAUGAUCAGAACAGUUAAACCGAUUGAGAUUGAAUCGACAACGGAAAACACUUUAAUUGCAGGAGCAUCUGCCUCCAAGCCCAUUGUCCAAGUUUCAAUACCAGCAAACGCAUUUUACUAUCAAAACGGUACUAAGUUUGAAGGAACUGUACAAGCUAGUUUUGCUUUUGUUGAUCCAACAAAUAUAUCGACUUUCAACAAUAUUCCAGGUUCAUUCGAAAUUGUCAAUCAAGAAGGAGAAAGGGCUGAACUUGCUUCACAGGCAAUAUUUAAUCUCUUUUUUGAAGACUUAUCUGGAAAUCCGUUAAUUUUAGAUGACGUUAUCGAUUUGUAUCUUCCAUUAGAAUCAGGAGAAAACGUUCAGGACAGAGAUGUCAAACUUUGGAGACUUAACACUAAGACUGGAAUUUGGGAGUACAUAACCCAAGGACCAGGAAAGAGAAGACGAAAAAGGCAAGAAUCAGCACGGUGGAUCGGCGAAAUAGACUGGUCAAUUAUCUCUGGUAACGAAUGGCUUAAUUACGAUUAUGUUUAUGAUAUAACCGAUAACCCAUGUUAUUUCAAAAUCAGACUUUUUCAAGAUGAAACAAUGUAUUCAUCCAUUGUGAAUCCUGAAAAACAAAUAGAAGUAACAUAUCAUAUUCUUAGAGACAAUAAAACAACUUUAAGAACAAUCAGCGAUUAUAUUUAUUACCCUGAAAGUGAUUGUGUAAUAGGUAUAUGUGAAAACGAAACUGCAUAUAUUACGCUUCAUUACUACGGAAGAAAAGGUUACGAUGUUUUAUUUGCUGGUAAACCUGAACUAGGCCAAAGUAAUCAAUAUUUUGAAUUGAUGGAUAAUAAUAAAACACUAAAGCUACAAAUGUCGUCCAAAAGCAUUGGACCAUUUUAUGAUGGAUAUUCACGAUGUAGCGCAACAGGAAAAGACGAAAACCACCUGAGAUAUCAUUAUGGGGAAACGUCUGAAGUUUUUACAUAUAAUAAAUUUUUUUCUCCUACCCAAGGAAAUAUAGAAAAUCAAAUAUUAAUAAGUCAAAGAACCUGGUUUCCAAAACGGCAAGAGGGCUAUAGAGUUUGUUUUGUAAAGGUUCGAAUUUUAGUCGAAAUAGAAUAUUUAUCCCCUGGUCAGUUUAUUAAGUUAAGAGCAACGAGUAAAGGUGGAACAAAUGAAAAUACUCACAACUUUACAUUCGGAAUACGAGAAUACAAGAUCCAGAAUCUAACAGACAUAUCACUUUGCGUAGAAUAUAAAUGCAGUGGAACAAUAGACCCUGUAUUUCAGGAAAUGGAUGAUUUCACAAAAAUAGAAUUAAAACUUUUUUAUCCAGAAAGUGAAAUGACAAGCAGCGUUACACAAGAAGCAGAUUUUUUGACCGAUUUCCAAAGUUUGCCAAACGUCGCCCAGAUUGGAAGAACAGAUGGAAUUUAUGAAAUUUACGCACCGACAGUGUAUACUCCAGAUCUUGGAUUAUAUUCAGCAACUUCUGAUCAAUUAGAUAUAGAAAGUGCUACAAACACAGCUGAAGGUGAAUGUAUAUCUGGAACACCGCAAAACCUAGAUGAUCAAAACCCGGAUUUGGGCGUUGCAGUUUAUUUCUCUCUCAACUGAAUAUGAAGCUUUUCUUUCUUUAUAAUAAGUUGUUUGUUUACACAGACGACAAUGGACCGUUGAAUUUGUUUCAAAAUGCUAGUUAUUACACAAUAUUUCAAAUAAAACAAGUUAAAUGUUGAUGCUGCACAUCAAAGACGCCGCAAAAUGGUGUGAACAGUCAAUCAGCAUUGAAAAAAUCAGCGACACGGGCUACCUCUCUUCAUUUGAAUUUUUAUAUCACAGGUACCCUCUCAUUUUUGAACACAUAGGUACCCUGAAAGC